GUCAUACGCUUUAAGACCACUGGUCACAGAGCAUCAUAAGCUCAAGAGUCUUCCUAAGAUGGCCUCUCCGCUGAAGAGCUGCGUCGAUGCGACCGAUCCGGCGUUCGACACACGAAGGAACUUUGGGGAGUACAUGGUCCAUCAUCUGAGACGCCAUGCCGGAUCUAAAUUGAUUAACGGCACCAGCCACGAAGCCAUCACCUAUGGAGUGGUAGCAGAGCAAGUGGAUGCCGUGCGGACAGCGCUCUGGCGACUUGGCCAUAAAGCGGGAGACAAGAUCCUGCUUCUCAGCGCCAAUCGGAUGCAACUGCUGCCGAUGAUUCUGGGUGCAGCGUGCGCAAACGUGGCAUCCGUCAGUGAAAGCCCGGGCUUCAGUGUCGAUGUCGUGGCUGACGCAAUGCAAACGCUGUCCCUGGUCUCCGUCUGCUGUGAGCCAGACCGAGUCGAAGAGGCCCUUGAGCUGCAGCGACGACUGCCUUCUAUUAAGUACAUCAUCGCAAUGGACGAACCUGCUCAUAAAGUGGACAGCGCAACAGACUGCGUGAUCACAUGGAACGAGCUGCUGAAGAGGGGCCGCGCAGAGAAUGGGACAAUGUCGCCCCCUAUCGAGUAUCGUGAAGACACGAUCUGUUACAUGACGUCUACGAGCGGCACGACCGGCAGGCCAAAGUUGGUGGUGCAUUGCCAUGAGUCCCUCAUGGCUCUCAUUCAAUCAAACAGUCAUCCUAUGCACAUGGGCCUGGGUCCUCAAGACGUGUCCCUCUCUACAACAUCGUUGGGUCACGUGUACGCACUAUAUGACGGGGUCUGCAAAGCUAUCGCCCAGGGAGCGUCAGCCGCCUUUAUGGAGACCGCAGAUACCAGCGCAAUAAUCGAGGCUAUUCACAAGCACAGGGUAACAGCCCUAAGCACAACGCCUUACACUGUAAGGUGCCUUUUAGACAACGAUCGGCGCCACAGCUGUGACCUGCAGUGCCUUCAGUACGUCACUACUGCAACCACGACCAUCGGGGAAGACGUUGCAAAGGCACUGCUCAAAGAAUUUAAUCUAAAAACUUUUAUACAGCUGUAUGGUCAGUCGGAGAUACCUUUAAUCUCAGCGGGCCUUUACAAUGCACCAAGCAAUUACAAGUCCAUUGGUUGUUUGGGUGUUGGCGUCGAAGCAAUGGUGAGGGACACAGAAACGAGACAGCCUCUGGGACCUUGGCAACGUGGAGAGCUCGUGUUGCGAAGUCCAAGCCUGAUGCGAGGGUACUGGGGAAGACUACAUGAGCCCAUCACCGACGAAGAUGGCUGGUACAGGACAGGUGACCAGUGCUACACUGACAGCGACGGCUGGCUGUACUUGGUUGCGCGACUGAGCGACUUCUACUGCUGCCGCGGGAGCAAGUUCUGGCCUUCCGAAGUCGAGGCCGUGCUGCUCAAGUGUCCGGAGGUUCGCGACUGCGCCGUCGUGGGAAUACCGCAUCCCGAAGCUGGAGAAGUGGCGCACGCUCUGGUCGUGCCCGAACCAGAUUCGAGAACGCUGAGCGCCGAUCACGUUAUACAGUUUGUAGAAGCUAACGCACCGAAGGGUUGCCACUUGGAAGGCGGCGUCACAUUCGUCGACAGGAUUCCACGCAACAAUCUCGGAAAGCUCGUCAGGCGUCAGCUCGUGCAGUGGAUUCUCGCGAACCGAGAGCUGUGACGCAUCGACAGUCGCCAAACUGCGGCUGAAGAUCUCGCACGCAGCGCGUAGCCAUUUCUCAAGCCACGCCGCGCACAACUGCGUAAGCCGGCCUAUACAGCGUCACAACCAGCUAUGUCCGCUGGACACAUAACAAAUUUACAAGACGAUGCUUCAAUUAAUACACAACACAGGCCUCACAGCAGGCAUCUAAUACACCUAUACAAACAAAGUAUUAUGCCUUAAUGACAAGCCUUAUCGCAGUUAAAAAAAAAGGUAGAGAAAACUGCGUAAAACGCUCUUCAUUUCGGGCAUGAAUAGCGGUGUUCUAAAAUU